AUGAACGACUUACCCCAGAUGCCCACGCCUUAUCAACAGCAUCAACAACAGUAUCCAAAGAAGCACCUGCUGCUGGUGCAGCAACCAUACAGUGGUCAAAAAGUGAAGUAUCAACCACCGCCACCACCACCACAGCAACAACAACAACAACAACAACAACAACAAUACAAGGCACCUCGUACAAAUAGUUCGCAUUCUGUUCCUUACCAACCACAACAGCAACCACAGCAACAACAACAAGCUUACGCCGUGCCACCAACUCCUCAAUCUCAAUACAUGUACCUGCAACAGCAACAGCAACAACCACAGCAGUAUGCACCUAUGCCACAAGCACCCAUUUAUCAUCAUCAGCAGCAACCGCAACCGCCUAUGUACCAGCAUAUGCUGCUGCAGCCACAACACCCACAACUGCCACUUCCUCCACAACCACAGCAGAUUCAACAAACCUAUGCUCUGCUGCCGCAGAAUGGCGCUAUGAUGUACAGUAAUCCACAUGCUGCACAAUCUGUUCCUGCUCCACAACAACAUUAUCAAUUGCCACCUCAAUCGGUAUCACAGCAACAGAUUCCUCAAGGGCGUCACACCUCAUCGUCAAGUCAGCAACAUUUCGAUCAAAACCAAUAUAUACCUCAAUCUCACACUUCCCAUCCAGUGAGUAAAAAACCACCACCACCGCAGCAACAGCUGCUGCUGCUGCAACCACUGCAACCACUGCAGAUGAUGAUGCAACAGACUGAUUCACCACCUCGUAUGCAUCAGCAUUAUAAGCAACCAAGCAACAGAUCGAAGGAAUCAUUAUCUACAAACAACAACAACAACAACAACAACAACAGCACCACAUUGACUUCAAAACAGAAAUUAGAAAUUGAACUUCGAAGUGUUUUCGAAAAAGUUGACACCAACAAACUGGGAAGAAUUUCCGCCAAAGAGUUAUCGUAUGCUUUGUUGAAUUUCGACCAUACGAGAUUCCAUGAGUCGACAAUCAAACUAAUGCUCAAUCUAUUUACAGCUCAAAAAAAGAGUGAUGGUUCGAGUUCUUCCACCUCAUCAUCGUCGUAUGACUCCUCUAAUAAGUCCUUAAACUUUGAUCAAUUUGUUUCAUUAUGGAAAUACCUUUCGGCGUACAAAAAAUUAUUUAUCCAAGCCGACGCCGACAAGUCUGGUGAUAUAUCAUUUGGUGAGUUUCAAAAGAUUUUGGAACAAAUCGGGUAUAAGCUAGAUAUAGAUCUUGUGCUCCAUUUAUUCUCCAAAUAUACUGCAAAAAGCGAUGGUGGUUUAGGUGGCGGCGGAGAAAUUGGAAGGCUCAAAUUCGACAUGUUUAUUGAACUCUUAAUCUACUUGAGAAAACUUACAGACAUUUUCAAAAAAUACGACAAGGAUCUUUCUGGUACGGCAACAAUUGGUUUCUCAGAUUUUUUGUUUGAGAUCAGCAACAUGUCAUAG